GCAGGAGUGUACCUGAAGAAAAGCAAGCAAUAGUUUUAAUUAAUUAAAUCAAGUUUAAUAAAAAUUUUCCUCAGUGUACAACCGUUCAUAGUGAGUGAAAGAAAGAGGGAGGGAGAAAGAGAAAGGGAGAGGGAGAGAGAGAGGCAGAUGGUUGUACACAGAAGAGGAAGAAAUACUGCCCCUAUCUAUUCCUUUAGAAUGGUGUGUGUGCCUGAGUAUGGGUGUGUGUGUACUGAGUGUGUGAAAAGCAUAAGGUAGGAGGAAGGAUGUUUGUUCUUUACAGCAGUACACAUUUCACACACACACACACACACGUGUGUAGCGUGUGAAUACCACAGCAGCUCGUAGCAGGCAGCUGAACCAGCCUGGUGUGUCUUAGCUGACAGCUAGCCCAGGGAGGAGUCACUCUGCUCUGUAGCUCUGUGGGGAACUGUCAGGUUCUUAACAUGGGUUAACCAGCUCAGGUUCGUUAUCUGGUUUAGAAUAGCUUGCUUGUGUUAGCUGUGCUGGCAUUGUUAGUGUUGUCAGCUGUGUUGGCUGCAGAGUGACAGCAUGAAUGAGCUGGAGAUGGCUAAAAACGCCUACAUAUAUCGGGGCAUGUCUGCCGUCACCAGAGUCCAGAAGAGACGCCACAGUGAUACGUGGGACCUGUUUGCCAUGAUAGAGAGGAUGCAGGGCAGCAGGAUGGAUGAGCAGCGAUGCGCCCCUCCCCCCCCCCCCCCUCAAAACGGAGGAGGACUACAUCCCUUACCCCAGCGUCCACGAGGUGCUGGGUCGUAGGAGUCCCUUCCCCCUCAUCCUGCUCCCCCAGUUCGGAGGCUACUGGAUCGAGGGGACCAAUCACGAGCCCAGCUCCGGCCCCGCCCCCGAGCAGCCUCCAGGCCCCGCUUCCCAGGUCAAACUAGAGACCAACAGCACGGCCAAGAUCUACCGCAAGCACUUCAUGGGCAAGGAACACUUUAACUACUAUUCCAUGGACACGGCCCUCGGGCAUCUGGUCUUCUCUCUGAAGUAUGAUGUCAUAGGAGACCAGGAGCAUCUCAGACUGGUGCUGAGAACCAAGUUAAAAACCUUCCAUGACGUCAUCCCCAUUUCCUGUCUGACUGAGUUCCCCAACGUUGUCCAGAUGGCCAAGCUGGUGUAUGAAGAGGUGAACGUGGACAGGUUCUACCCAGUCCUCUAUCCCAAGGCAUCUAGGCUCAUCGUGACAUUUGAUGAACACGUCAUCAGCAACAACUUCAAGUUCGGAGUCAUCUAUCAGAAGUUUGGACAGGUAAGCAGAGCGACAGGUAUCUAUCAGAAGUUUGGACAUGUAUCUAGCGGAGAGGGACAGGGGGAAGAAGCAGGUGUUGAUAGAGGAGUCAACUCAAAUCUGGCAGUCAGAGCUCCUGUCACCAGCAUCAGGCUCUGUCUGAGUUCUGUCUCCUGGGUUUAGAUGUUUAACUUCCUGUCUGCUUUCCUCUGUCUAUCGCUCCCUGUCUUUUUGACUGUCUUUCCUUCCUUUUCUCUCCAUAUUUCUCUCUCUCUCGCUCCCAAUGUCUCUGUCAACAUGU